AUGGAAGAAAGACUUUGAAAUUCAUUGAAAGAGAUUGCACGAGAAGGGAGCCCAGAUACAACUAGAGCUAGGAUUAUUAAUAAAUUAUAUAAAGAGCUCCCGUCGAGCUGCUUUACAAAACCAGACUAUAUUGAAGGGAAUUUUUAUAAAAAAAUUCUAAAAAUUAAUGCAAGUCUGCUAUUAUUAGCAUUUAUUUUGAAAAAAAAUUAAUAAGAAUUAUAUUGAAGCCCGUAAAAAUGGAUUAACCAUAUCUGAAUCUGAACAUGCUCUAGCCUUAGCCAAAAAACUUAAGCAUUCAGGAAUUGAAGAAAUUUUGAGCUGCUUGAAAACGCCCCACCAAGAGAAAGUCAAAGACUUCCCUCAAAAGCGCCACAAAAAGCACAAGAAAGAGCCUGAUCUUAGGAAGAAAAAGAAAGUAGGAAAUAUGUAG